AUGGCCCAAGCAGUAUUCCCUGAUGACGUGCUCCCAUCGGAGGGUGUAUACGAUUCACGCGCAUCACUCCUUGCCGCUAUAAAUUCCUGGGCAAAGCCCAGAGGCUACGCCUUUACCACCGGAAAAUCUUCCAAGACUCCAAAUGGCCGUGUUAAAGUUGUUUUUGCUUGUGAUCGGAAUAAGCCUCCACCAAGCACAUUAAUCGAACGAAAACGCCGGACAUGUAGCCGCGGAACAGGGUGCGAGUUCUCAGUGCUCGCGAAAGAAUCCCUAGACGGGGCCUCUUGGGUCCUGAGCCAUCGACAAGGCCAACAAUACGUGCUACACAACCACCCGCCAAGCGAAGACCCAUCUGCACACCCAUCACAUCGCCAGCUUAGCGAGAAAGAUAUUCAAGAUAUCUCAAAUCUUACUGCCUCUGGAGCUGCGCCUCGCGAAAUCAGGACCUAUCUCCACAACAAUUCCAAUACUCUUGCAACUCAGAAAGAUGUAUACAAUCAGAUUGGAGCUGCAAGGAGGGAUCUACGCGAGGGCCAGAGCAGCAUACAGGCACUAGUCAACCGAUUGCAUGAGGAGGGGUUCUGGUGCCAGAUCCGGUUGGAUUCAGAUAAUCGGGUUACGGCAAUCUUUUUUGCCCAUCCGGACUCUAUUGCAUACCUCCAAUGUAAUCCCGAUGUCCUGCUACUAGACUGUACCUACAAGACAAAUAAGCACAGUAUGCCACUUCUUGACAUGGUUGGCGUUGAUGCUUGCGAGCGAUCUUUCUGUGUUGCUUUUGCCUUUCUCUCCGGAGAGACAGAAGACGACUACUUAUGGGCAUUGCAACAUCUCAGAUCGCUCUAUCAGCGUGACCUUCCUUCCGUUGUUUUGACAGAUCGAUGCCAAGCCGCGAUCAAUGCUGCAGCAACCUCGUUCCCUUUGUCCAAGGGUCUGCUUUGCACUUGGCACGUCAAUAAGGCGGUGUUACAGCAUUGCCGGCCGGCUUUUCUGACUGACAAGAACCAGGGAGAGAAGAGGUGGGAUGAGUUCUACGCAUUCUGGCAUUCAAUUGUAGCCUCACCGAAUGAAACGAUAUUUCAAGAGCGUCUGACUUCAUUUGAGCGUAAAUAUGCUAAGAAUUAUACAGAAGCAGUGGGAUAUAUCAGGACAACCUGGCUUGACCCGUUUAAAGAGAGGAUCGUCAGAGCAUGGGUCGACAAACACUUACACUUUGGCAAUGUGGCUACCUCAAGGCAGGUGGCUUAUGGAAUGAUAGAAGAUGGAGUGACUAAUUCAUCUCCCAGGGCCGAAGGAAUCCAUUCAUUGAUCAAAGCACAUAUUAAGAUAUCCACCUUGGAUCUCUUUGAUGUUUGGCAAGCCAUGAGACCUGCUGUAACAAAUCAGCUGAAGGAGCUGAAGUAUAUGCGGGCUUCUCAGCAAGUAUCAAUGCCACUAGACGUCUCUGGAGUGUUGUUCGAGGCAGUAAGGGGCUGGGUGUCCCAUAAGGCAUUGCGUAAAGUACUAGAACAACGGCAAUUGCUUUCAAAGCCACUCAAAGCUGCCUGUACUAAGACCUUCACAUCUUCAUUUGGACUGCCGUGUGUUCAUACUCUGAAGAGGCUUGAGGAAGAAGGCCGAACCCUCUCGCUACAGCACUUUCAUCCCCACUGGCACUUAAAGCGAGAUGUAUCUCAGCCACAGCCAAUGCUAGAGCCUAGAGCAGUGUCAAGUCAGUUUAACCGGAGGCGCAAUCGGUCAGUGACAAGUACAAGGCGAGAGCCUAGCGCAUUCGAAGCGAUUCAAGAAACAAUGCGGCCAAAGGCGCAACCUACAUGCAGCAGAUGCCACGCAUUGGGUCACAUCAUGACUUCGAAGGCAUGCCCUCUGCGAUAUGAAGAGCUCUUCCAGGUAUCAGAACAAGCUACAGAAGUGGCGGCACAGAUAACGCAGACGAUAUCAGCUGCAACAGUGGCACCAGCAGCCACAGAGACAACUUCAGUUCAGGCCGCUGUAGGUCAGGUAGAGGCAGAUCUGACGACAGCAGUUCAAGUACUGGCGGGCCACACAGGAGAGGGCCAGAUAGAGACAGUCCAGGAGUUGGACGGAUUGGUAGAUCAUGCGGCGGCAAGCCAGACAUCUACAAUUGAGGAAGUUGCAGACUGCAUCGUGGUCGUCCAGACAGUGGCAGACCAGGUUGCAGCGGCAGAGACGAUGGCAGCGCCAGAGCUGAGAUACGACGACCCGCGAGCCAUUCACCACAGAUAUGUUGAAGCUAGACAAGCUUGGUACAAUGCGCAGCCUCGGGGCAGUAUUAAAACUAACCAGCAGUAUCGGAAGGCAAUGGGUCUGCCUCAACGGUACGAUAAAGUAAGCUACAAGUGGUGUCUUGAUUGGAAACAGAUGGGCAAGCAACGUAUGAUGCAGAGAGGCCCCAGAGAGUGGACUAAGGAGGAGAUGAUGGCGUAUCUUGAUUGGAGCAGGGCAGAGGAGGUUCGUGUUGAGGCACUGGUAGCGGCUGAGAUGGAAGGCGAACCCUUCUCUAACAGAAGAGGUAUGCGUGAGAUCUGGGAGGCAGCGGCAGCGGAUUGUGAUGCACAACAGGCAUUGUACUUAGGUCAGUAG